UGUGUGUGUGUGUGUGUGUGUGUGUGUGUGUGUGUGUGUGUGUGUGUGUGUGCACCUCCGUCUAUCACAUACACACCUGUGCCUAAGCAUCAACCUCCGAUGGGAAUGAACUGUAGUGCAAACCUCCUAGGUCUCACCAGACCAACCAGCAACAUCACAUGUUUCAAUUAUUAAAUGCAUCUUGUUUUCCUGACCUUGUGUGUGUGUGUGUGUGUGUGUGUGUGUGUGUGUGUGCGUCAGCUGGGAGGUCCUGAGGUUCCUGCUGUCUAACCUGCGUUGGUGGAUGGAGGAGUAUCGUUUUGAUGGCUUCAGGUUCGAUGGGGUGACGUCCAUGAUGUACCAUCAUCAUGGUAUUGGCAGUAUGUUUUCAGGAGACUACUCAGAGUACUUUGGUCUUCAGGUGGAUGAAGAUUCCCUGGUCUAUCUGAUGACAGCUAAUCAUGUCCUCCACACCCUGUAUCCUGACUGCAUCACCAUCGCAGAGGACGUAUCAGGGAUGCCAGCUGUGUGCCGGGCCGUGUCAGAGGGAGGGUUGGGCUUCGACUACCGUCUGGCCAUGGCCAUUCCAGAUAAAUGGAUCCAGAUUCUGAAGGAGUUAGCAGACGAGGCCUGGGACAUGGGUAACAUUGUCUACACUCUGACAAACAGACGAUACGGAGAGAACUGCAUCGCCUACGCAGAGAGCCACGACCAGUCUCUGGUAGGUGAUAAGUCCCUAGCAUUCUGGCUGAUGGAUAAAGAGAUGUACACCAACAUGAGUUCCCUGAUCCCCAUGACUCCCGUCAUCGACCGAGGCAUCCAGCUACAUAAGAUGAUCCGCCUCCUCACACACGCUCUGGGGGGAGAGGGCUACCUCAACUUCAUGGGUGAGUUGGGGGGAGAGGGUUACCUGAACUUCAUGGGUGUGUUGGGGGGAAAGGGCUACCUCAACUUCAUGGGUGAGUUGGGGGGAGAGGGCUACCUCAACUUCAUGGGUGAGUUGGGGGGGGGGGGGGGGUAG